CAAUAGGAUCUCGCUAGCGCGUGCUUGGCUCUAUCCGCCUCCUUACUUGUUCUGCCCACUAUGACUAAUUUGUUCCCAUUGGAAACGACAAGCUGUCGUAUGUCUUGGUUUAGUUAUAAAAAUCGUUGACCUAGCGUCAGCCAUCCCAAUUGACUUCCUAAAACAGAAAACAUAGGGGUCAGUCCAGUGAGUGCAUUGAUAAUGAAACCGAUCACUGAUUGGCUGAAGUUAUAGUUGCUCGUGCGCACUGCUUUGGUGAGGGAGACGGAGGUCAUAGGAGAGUAGUUGGGGGGACAGAGAUUUCUAGCGGCAUUGGGGCUUUGAGGGAGAAUGCUGCGCAGGACCGUCUCCUUCCCCAUUGAGGCGGGGCGGCUGCAGCAGCUGGGUCUAUUGGACUGUGCCUCCCACGGUGUGACAUCAUGCUCGGUGCUCGACCUCCCGUCUCUCCACCGAGGUCACCGGGGUUCACGACAACGGGAGGAUGAGUGGCAGGGCCGGUACCAGGGGCCUGCUGAGGCUGGCCAAUGGGAGGAUAAGCGGCAGGGCCGGUACCAGGGGCCUGCCGAGGCUGGCCAAUGGGAGGAUGACGGUGGGUUAGUGGUCACACCCUCUUCUAAUGGUAGCACCAGGGGACCCAGAUGGAGGGAUUUAUAUACCAGCUCAGACCAGCUAAGGUCAGACUCAGUGGAAGAUGAUAGCUAUGAUUAUGAAGAGGGGAAGCAGAAUGAUGAGUCUGUCAGGCUGUACGUGUCAGAGGAAGAGAGGAUCCUCAACUCUGCAGACCUGAGUUCAGAGGAGAGGCGUGAUGUUCUAGCAGAGUUGGUGUAUUCCCGAAGCAGACUGAAGCAAUUGAACUCAGAGCUGCAGAGAACAGUAGAGGUAGCCGAUGACAACAACACACUGCUACGCACCGAGAACACUGCCCUGCGCAACCAAGUCAAAGGGAUGAAGCAGUCGAUCCAUGAUGCAGAGCAGCUGAUGGACGAGCUGGAGGAGAUCCGGAGCCUAUUGGUUGAGAAAGACGAUGCUACGGGCAAUCUGGAGGCCUACAUCAAACAACUGGAGAAAGAGAAGGAGAUUUUGGAGGACCAGAUCGAAACCAUCGGCAGUGAGAUGUCCCGUAUUAUACCAGACAGAGCCACUGACAAGAAGAAGAUCGUUAACCUCAGCCAGGCUCUACAAGCCUUACAGCUUCGACUCGAGGAGAGCAGACUAGCUUUGGAUCACAGGGAUGAGGUCCUACGUAAGAAGGACUUUGUAGUUGAGCAGCUGGGGCAGUCCCUUACAGAGUACUCCUCCAUUGCACAGGAUCUGAAGGAGAAGAUGAAGGAUCUGCAGAGCCAACUGGCAGAGGCCCUAAUUAAUGGAGGAGAGGGGGGUUACAUGGCGUUAGAUGGAACUCUGUCUGCAGCCACUCAGCGCUCCAUCUCUCUAGCAGAGGAACUGGGUCUACUGCCAUGCAUGAUGGAGGACUCCUCUGAUGAGGUGCAGAGGGAGGAGAAGAUAGAGGAGAAGCAGAGAGUGGAGGAGAGGGUAGAAAGACAGGCGGAUGAGAAGAAAGAGGAGGUGGUUAAGGAGGAGAAACAGAUGCUAGAGGAGAAGAGUGGUGUGUGGUCAGAUAUGGUGAGAGGUGUCCGAGCAGCAGGAGGUUUCACCCUGGGUUUCCUGGUUCCUCUGGGUGUCCUGGUCUCCAUGGUCCCCGGCUGCUACGACCACUGUACAGGACUCGGCUUCACCAACACUUUCUGGUCUACAGCCAGAUACCUCAUACAGCCAUACUGCAAUGUGCACCACAUAGGCCUCCCCCCGCUGUAAUACACACCAGAGGGAGUUGGUGGGGGGAGCUAUAGGAGGCUUAUUGUAAUGGCUGGAAUGGAAUUAUUAUCUACUUACCAACCUAUACGCAUAUCUACCUACAUAACUACCAACAUUCACACACACUUAAACAUGAAUACGCACAUACACAAUAAUACAACUCAAACCCUGAUAAUCAACCCUUCCAGGCUGCUAUGCUGCUGUCAACUAGGUGAAAGGUGAAAUAAAAUGAAAUAAACUGGAAUACGGCAUCAUA